AUGGUUCCUGUCGGCACAGAGGAGGGAGGAGAUUUCGAAACCGUUAUUUUUGAUAUCAUAAAGUAUUACUGGAAUAUGUCAAAUGAAGUGUUUGUGUCUGAUUACGAAGAAACUAUGAGCGACACGAUACACGGUGAGAUGGAUUCGGUGCAGCCGGGUUUGGAUGGGCAUCUACAGCUGCUCAGAGGCCGACGCGGGUUAUCUGAGGAUGGUGUGUUAUUGGGCAUAGUGGAAGAUGCUUACUCUGAUUAUCACAACCGCCUUAGAUCAGACCCGGACUCAUCUUAUCUCGACAUAUCCGACGAUCCGAAUUACAGUGAAAGUGAUGGAAACGUUGCGACGAAAAAGCGAAACCGCUCCAACAGCUCCAGGCACCGGGGAGAAGUCGUCACGGAGCUUGGGCCAGAGGAAGUCCGGUGGUUUUACAAGGAAGAUAAAAGAACGUGGAAGCCUUUCGUCGGACACGACUCAUUGAAAAUUGAGGUCGCAUAUCGCAAAUUCUGCGAACUCAAUCCAGACAGGGUCAGACGCCGGGGAACCGUCUAUUCGGGGGAUUUAAGCGAAUCUGUGACGUGUGUUGAAGCAGCAGGGGGGGAUCCUGAGGGGGUUACUGCUGUCCAAGUGGAGCCGCUUGCUGCGGAAAGGGUAGACGAGGCUUGUCCAUCAGAGGAGAGAGACCUGGACUCUAUAAACGUCAGCUUAGAGGCAGUGUGCGUUCGUGGAGGUCUAUACGAAGUUGAUGUCAAAGAGAAAGAAUGCUACCCAGUGUACUGGAACCAGCAGGACCGUAUUCCUGUAAUGAGGGGACAGUGGUUUACCGAUGGCACGUGGCUUCCCCUGGAGGAGGAGGACAGCGACCUGAUUGAGCUAGAACACUUAGCCUGUUUCCGUGGUCAACGCAUGAAAGAUACGUUUGAGACCGAGGUGGUGACGACCACUGUAGACAGUAAGGACGCGAUUCACAGUUUGAAACUGAGUCGCAGUCACGUUGACUGGCACAGCGUGGACGAGGUUUACCUUUACAGCGAUGCCACAACCUCCAAGAUCGCUCGCACCGUCACACAGAAACUAGGCUUCUCCAAAGCCUCUAGCAGCGGAACCCGCCUGCACCGUGGUUACGUGGAGGAGGCAGCUCCUGAAGACAAGCCCCCAGAGACGACGCACAUUGUCUUUGUGGUGCACGGGAUCGGGCAGAAGAUGGACCAGGGACGGAUCAUCAGGAACACAAGCAUGAUGCGUGAUGCAGCCCGUAAAAUGGAGGAAAAACACUUUUCCGAUCGUACCACGGAGCACGUGGAGUUCCUGCCGGUGGAGUGGAGGUCCAAACUAGCCCUGGAUGGAGACACGGUGGACUCCAUCACUCCUGAUAAAGUCAGAGGCCUCAGAGACAUGUUAAACAGCAGUGCUAUGGACAUUAUGUACUAUACCAGUCCCCUGUACAGGGACGAGAUUACCAGAGGUCUGACCUUGGAGCUGAACCGUCUCUACUCCCUGUUCUGCUCGCGGAACCCUGAGUUUGAGGAGAACGGAAAGGUGUCGAUCGUCGCCCACUCUCUGGGCUGCGUCAUCACCUUCGACAUCAUGACUGGCUGGGAUCCUGUCCGCUUUCAUCAUCAGGUGGCGAUGGAUGCCACGGAAACAGACACGAGAAGAAUGGGACACGAGGAACAGCGACUGCUGGAGGAACUCCGACUCACUCGCUUGAGAUUGAGGGAUUUGGAAGAUCGGCUGCAGGAUGUAAAGUCCUCGUCCUCUCUCACUUCGCCCGCCCUCAGAUUCAGGGUUGAAAACUUCUUCUGUAUGGGUUCUCCCUUGGCUGUGUUCUUGGCUCUGCGAGGAGUGAGACCAGGCACAAACGGAACCCAAGAUCACAUUCUAUCCAGAUCAAUCUGCCAGCGCCUCUUCAACAUCUUCCACCCUACGGACCCAGUGGCUUACAGGCUAGAGCCCCUCAUCCUAAAACACUACAGCAACAUCUCCCCAGUCCAGAUUCACUGGUAUAACACAAACAGCCCCACGCCGUAUGACCAGAUCCGGCCGACGCUGCUGAACCCGCUGAAGGAGAGCACCUCCGUGUCAGACACCGAGAGCAUCCCCAGUCCCUGCACGUCACCCCCGCAACCACGCAGACACUACGGAGAGUCCAUUACCAGCCUGGGCAAAGCCAGCAUUAUGGGAGCGGCGAGCAUAGGCAAAGGAAUCGGCGGAAUGCUGUUCUCCCGAUUUUCCCGAUCGAGCGGCCAGGUCGGCAGUGCGGAGGAGGGGCCAUCAGACUCUGAGGGUGGCACCUGUGACGCUGAGGGCGUGGUCUCAGGGGAAGAGGAGGUGGCCACAGAGGCAGAGGAGAAAUUUGAGGAGAAGGGAGAAGAAGCCACCUUAUCACACUCCACCACCGCCAUAAUGGACAACUCUUCCUUGGAGCUGGAGAGACGCAUUGACUUUGAGCUGAGGGAGGGCUUGGUGGAGAGCCGCUAUUGGUCAGCCGUGACGUCGCACACAGCCUAUUGGUGCUCUCAUGACGUGGCGCUAUUUCUCCUGACCUUCAUGUACAAGCCGAAAGAGGUGGAGGAAACCACAGAGAAAACUCUAGAAUCUUAA